AUGACGGAGGCUUUCAGCUGCAGAGGCGAGCGGCCGUACAAGUGCGAGGCGUGCGAGCGGGCGUUUGCGCGCAACGAGGAGCUGACUCGUCACCGGCGCAUCCACAGCGGCGACAAGCCGCACGCGUGCGAUGUGUGCGCCAAGCGGUUUGCGCGCAAGGACCACCUCAACAAGCAUCGCAAGACGCACCUGGACGAAGCGCACAAGCGUGUGCACGUCUGCAGCCAGCCCGGCUGCGGCCACCGCUACACGCGCACCGACGCGCUCGCCCGGCAUCAGUGGACCGCGCAUGCCAUUCGCCGUUGCAACCGCUGGCCGCCAGACGCCGCGAGACAACCCGUGAUCUCAAUGCACUCUCUGUGA